AUGGAAGGGGUCCAACCCCUGGAUGAGAAUGUGAGAAACGCGCCAGGUCUGAGAUUCCAGACGCACAAGCUCAUGCUGGUGGCCUCUGUGGUCCAGGGGCUGGGGCUGCUCCUGUGUCUCACCUACAUCUGCCUGCACUUCUAUGCUCCUCAGGUGCCACUUCAGUAUCCUCCAAUUCAAAGUAUCAAAGCACGAUUUACUGAGUGUGACAAUGAAAAAGGUUUCAUCCUCAAACCCUCAAACGAAGAGAAAACCAUGAAGGUACAAGACAACUCAAUCUCCAUCAGAUGCGAUGGGUUUUAUCUCGUCUCCCUGAAGGGCUACUUCUCCCAGAAGCUCAGCCUCAGCCUUCAUUACAGGAAUAACUCGGAACCCCUCUUCUCCCAUGACAAGGUCACGUCUGUCAACUCCAUCACUGUGGCCUAUCUGUUUUAUAAGGACAAAGUCUACUUGAAUGUGAUUACUCACAAUUCCUCCUGUGCAGACAUCCAAGUGAAUGGUGGGGAGUUAAUUCUCAUUAGUCAAAAUCCUAGUGGAUACUGUGCCAAUGAAUGA